AUGGCCCACAGCAACUACUCCCAGUCGGCCGUCGAGCAGAUCAAGAGGCAUCCGAAGUACUACCUCAAUGGUGGUGACGUUCACUUCUUGGUCGAGAACUACAUCUAUCGCGUUCACCGAUACUUCUUCGAGCGCGAGUCAGCAUGGUUCCGUGAAAAGCUCGGGGCGCCGGCGCCCGCGGGGCAGACCCCCAAGGGCUCGUCCGACGCGAACCCCUUCCCGCUGGAGGAGGUCGCCGCGGACGAUUUCUCGAAGUUCCUUUGGGUGUUCUACAACCCCAAAUACUCAAUAUACGACGCUGUGCUCGAGGACUGGGUCGCCAUCCUGAAGCUCGCCUUCGACUGGCGGUUCAGCGAGGUCAAGAAGCUCUGCAGCCGCGAGCUGGAGAAGUACGAGAUUGCGCCCGUGCCGAAGAUCGAGCUCUACCAGACGUACGAGCUCGACAAGAAGCUGCUCAUCCCGUCAUACAUGGCGAUCUGCCUGCGCGCGGAGCCGCUCUCGCUCAAGGAGGGUCGCCACCUCGGCCUCGAGACCGCGCUCCUGCUUGCGACCGCGCGUGAAUGUGCGCGCGGGAAGCCGCUUGCAAACGGCGCGCGGAGUCCCACGGCCGCGGAGCUCGAGGAGGAAGACAUGGUGUCGAUCAUCAAGGAGAUUUUUGGGCUGACAGCUGGCCCCCCUUCUCCCUCGUUAACCCCCCUGGACAAAGGUACAGGCGUGGCGACGUUCACGGGCAUC